UUUAGGGAAAUUUGAUAAAUUAUGCUUAAAGAUUAGAGGUGGUGUUUAAUUAUACUACCCUUUUAAAAAUUUUAUAACUAUUCUCAUCUUUUAAUAGUGACCCCAAAAUACCCCUCUCCUCUAACCCAAAAAAUUUGCCUCUUCUCCCUCUCAUCUUCAUUCACGCACUCUCUCUCUCCUCUUCACGAUCUCUCUCUCUCUUUCACUCUCUCUCACUCUUCACGCACUCUCUCUCUCUCUUCACACACACUCCCUUUUUGUCACUGCCGCCGAUCGACCCUCUCCCGGCCGACUGCCACCUCCACCAUUUUCACCCUCAACCUCCACCUCACUCAACAAAGCAAUGGAUUCAUCUGUAUUUGUGCCUGUACUGUAUGAUGGCGUUUGGACUUUGGAGGGUUUGAACUGGGUAUUUGAUUCCUCAAAAAGUAGGACAUUGAUAUUGGACAUUGACUGUACACUGAAAAAGUUGCAUGAAGUUUUGCAUGAGGAGUUGGAGGUGGACCCCUUGGUGUUUGAAUUGAAGUUAGAAGUUCUUUACAUGUACAUGAAAGGCACUAAGUUUCCACCUGAGGUUUUAGUGAAAGAUAGUCAACUACGAGUGUUCUUGAGCAUGAAGGCAAAAAUGAGUGUGGACAACUUGUUGCCACUAUUUGUGACUAAGGUGAAGAAGAAUGUGAAUUUGGAGCAGACUCCCCGAAAUGUAACCCCUAGAAGUGUUGUUGGGACCUUUGUCCCAGAAACUGAUCUGGGGGUUGGUUUGGACGAACUAGUUGGCACUAAUGUAGAUGAUGAGAGAGUGGGUAUCGAAUUUCAUCAUUCAGAUGAGUUCGAUGCUCCCUUUUACAACAAUGAUCCUGUGGUCGAUUUGGGUGUGGAUGAUGAUGUGGCUGCUGAUGUACCUCCCCUGAGGAUGGAACUAACUCCAAGCAACCAAGUAGAGCGACAAAGAAGACCCCCCCGUAGUGAGAAUCGCCAAACACCAGGAACUAGUAGCAGUCGGCCAGGUCCUUCUAAUAGUGCUCCUGUAUCUGAAUUUGAAGUUUCUACUAAAUUCAAACCUCUUGUGUGGACAAGGGAAGACAUAGAGGAAAAUAAUGUGUAUACAACAUCUCUUAGUGGUACGCCUUCAGGGGAGAUAUAUCUUGGCAAGUUGUACAAAAACAAGGAAGAAUUGAAGAAUGUAGUUGGUAGGUAUGCACUGAAAAAUAAUUUUGAGUGGAUGGUAAGUAAGUCUGGCACUGAUGUGUUUUACGUUACUUGUAAGGAUGAAAAUUGUAAAUGGAGAUUAAGGGGGAAGAAGAAGGCACUUUGUGACAUGUUUGAGGUUACUGUGUUUCACAACGAACACACAUGUAACUUGGAUUCUAGACAUUCUGAUCACCGCAAGCGUGGGUCAUUGGUCACAUUAUUAAGAACAAGUACACAUCAGAUGGAUCUAACUACAAGGCAAAAGACAUACAGAGGGAUAUGUUUGAUGAAUAUGGCAUCAAGAUGA